AUGGGGCGAACCAGUAACCAUGGUCUACACAAACCAACUCUCUUCUAUAUCCUCUACUUACUUUGUCUAAACACAGGUUCCCUUGGCCAGUUAGAUGUAUGUGGUCGAGCCCCCCUCAACAGCAGGAUUGUUGGAGGGGAGAAUGCGACAGCAGGGGCUUGGCCGUGGCAAGUCAGCAUUUAUGUCUUCGGCUCAAGCCAUAACUGUGGCGGGACUCUGAUCACUAAAGACUGGGUUUUAUCUGCAGCUCACUGCUUCGAGAACAUUGAUGUGUCUAAGGUUGUGAUGUACUUCGGGCGUCUGAGACAAUCCGGCUCAAACCCUAAUGAGACAUCCAGGACAGCUAGUCAAAUCAUCACCCAUCCUAACUAUGACAGUAAGACUAUUGACAAUGACAUAGCACUGGUCCAGCUCAACUCUUCUGUGCCUUUCUCUGAUUACAUUAAGCCGGUCUGUCUGGCGGCGGCUGGUAGUGUAUUUGAUGCAGGUACAGAGAGCUGGGUCACUGGAUGGGGCAAGCUACAAUCUGGAGGCCAGGCUCCUGAUAUACUGCAGCAGUUGAUGAUGCCCAUUGUGAGCAACAGGAACUGCUAUAAAGCUUAUUUGUUGAUCAAUGGCAUCACAAGCAAUAUGAUUUGUGCUGGAUUUUUAAAUCAGGGAGGGAAAAGUAUAUGUCCGGGAGACUCUGGUGGUCCAGUGCUCAGUAGGAACGGUUCCCUGUGGAUUCAGUCCGGCAUUUCGAGUUUUACUUCACAAAAAUGUGAUGACCGCAAAUAUCCCAGUGUGUUCGCCAGAGUUUCUCGAUACCAGGACUGGAUCGAGUCUUACAUGGGAAACAACACACCUGGAUUUGUUGAAUUCAAUCCAACAUCCAACUUCAACUUUGGAAGCGUACCCAACCCACUCUUAUUAUCCCUUUCUCUCACGUUCUCCAUCAUUCCUUUCACCUUCUCGCUCUGUCUCUCUUCCUAAAGAUUGAUUGAACAGUAAUUCUCAGGGUUCUUUGAUAAAGAGGACAGUUGUGCUGUACAUGCUGUCAGUUAUAUUGUUAUUGUUGUUAAUUAUUCUUAAUCUUUUUAAAAGUGUACUAUUCUUCAAAAGCUCUCUAAUGAAGUUCAGCAUGCUUCUGCUAUCGGAGAUUCAGGAUGUUUGCAUAACAAUAACGAUUAUUUUUAUGUUUAUAUGUCUGAUAACCAGUAUGCAUAAACAAUAAAGGGUUUGGAGCUCUGCAAUGGGAUCAGGGUCAUUGGUUGUUAAAUGUAAUUAUCUUUAAUCAAUUACCAUGUUGUAGUCAUACUCUCAGAAAUGGCUUAAGUGUAAUUUUAGUGAAUUUAAAAAUUAUUCAAAGAGACUGAAAUAGGAAAAAAAUAAAUUCUGAGCAGCAAAUCUGUUACAUCAGAGGAAACAGUUUACGGGAAUUUAUGAAGGGCAUCAAACAGUCGAAGAAGGGCAGAAGAGAGGAAAGCUUGUGGCGAGUACAUGCUAAAAGCUGUAGAGUAAAUUACAUUGUUCACUGCAUUUUUUCAAGUUAUUUGUUAGCAAUUUAUAUAUCAGUUAUAAAAAUGAAUGUUGGAGAGGAUUUUAACGUAUGCACACUCUAAGAUCAAAUCUGUGCAUAUGCACAUUUUAUAAAUGAGGCCCACAGGAUUCGCAGCAGACUUCUACUGGACAUUAUGUAAUGAACGUGUGGACUCAGAGGAAGAUCACAAGGAAUUAGGGUUCCAUUUGGGACAGGGCCAAUGGCGAUGAUCAAAUGAAAAGCAUCAUGAUGCAGUGCAUGCACUGUGACAUGAAUAAAUUAUGCAGCUGAACUGUCUGACAAUUUGCUUUUAUUUUUGCUGUUGUUUUGUUGUGUAUUUAGUUCCUUGUUUUGUGAUGUUCAGACUUUAUCUGUAAUGUUAAUCACCAUUGUUGAGAUUCACAUGAUGAUUCUUGAUGUCUGUGUGUGUCUGAAUAAUUACACAUCAAUUGUAAGAUCAAAGAUUAAACUCUGAAUGAGAUCAAUGAAUCAGACCACUAAAUGAUGAUUGUCAUCACCUGAUCACAUUUUCUCUUCAUUUCUCUUGCCAUAACAAAUGUGUUUUAUAAACAUAAUUACAGCAGCCAGAAAAAAAACUAAUGAAUAAGAGUCAAUGGUCAAGAGUCCAACUAAAGCAAACACUGAUCACCGUAAUGGUGAUGUAAAACUGUAUUAUUUUCAAUAAAACAUCAUAUUGCACUCA